GCCGCCGCCUUGGUCGCCGCCGCUGCCGCCGUUGCCGUCGCCGCCGCUGCCGCCGCCGCAGCUGCUGCUUCUCCGUUGCCGCCACUUCCGCCUGAGCGGGAGAAUCAGCGCCUGCUGCCACUCUUCUCCAGGAGUCCUCCAUCGGCCCACCACUGCUCCGCGCCGCACGCCAGUCCCACAGGAAGCAUGUUGCCCAACACCGGAAAAUUAGCAGGAUGUACUCUCUUUAUCACGGGUGCAAGCCGUGGCAUUGGCAAAGCAAUUGCAUUGAAAGCUGCAAGAGAUGGGGCAAAUAUUGUUAUUGCUGCAAAGACCACUCAGGCCCAUCCCAAACUUCCAGGCACCAUCUAUACUGCUGCUGAAGAAAUUGAAGCUGUUGGAGGAAAAGCUUUACCAUGUGUUGUUGAUGUGAGAGAUGAACAGCAAAUCAGUGAUGCAGUAGAGAAAGCCGUACAGAAAUUUGGAGGAAUUGACGUUUUGGUAAACAAUGCUAGUGCAAUCAGCUUGACCAACACACUGGAAACACCUACAAAGAGAGUAGAUUUGAUGAUGAGUGUCAACACCAGAGGAACCUAUCUUACAUCAAAAGCAUGCAUUCCUUAUUUGAAAAAGAGUAAAAUUGCUCAUAUUCUAAACCUCAGCCCACCACUAAACCUGAAUCCAAUCUGGUUCAAACAACACUGUGCUUAUACUAUUGCUAAAUAUGGUAUGUCUAUGUGUGUACUUGGAAUGGCAGAAGAAUUUAAAGGAGAAAUUGCUGUCAAUGCUUUGUGGCCUAAAACAGCCAUACAUACUGCUGCUAUGGAUAUGUUAGGAGGAUCCGGUAUUGAAAGCCAAUGCAGAAAAGCUGACAUCAUUGCCGAUGCUGCAUAUUCCAUAUUCAGCAAACCAAAAAGUUUCACUGGCAAUUUUAUUAUUGAUGAAAAUCUGUUAAAGGAAGAAGGAAUUAAAAAUUUUGAUGUCUAUGCAGUUAAACCAGGCCACCCUUUAUUACCAGAUUUCUUUGUGGAUGAAUACCCUGAAUUGGUUACCAAGGAAGUGGAAAAACAACAAGUUAGAACUUGGACAUCUGGUAUUCAGAAGGAGAAAGUUCUUUCAAGUAACCAGUUUGCGGGUAAACGUUCAGAUGCAGCUCCACCAGCAAAAGAUUGGAAACAGUAUCUGCAACAACCAAAAUUAGCUGCUGGAGCAGUUGAAGAAACGUUUAAAAUUCUUAAGACAGCUCUCAGUGAAGAUAUUGUGAAAGCUACUCAGGCAGUUUAUAUGUUUGAACUUUCUGGUGAAGAUGGUGGAACUUGGUACCUUGAUCUUAAAAACAACGGUGGGACUGCUGGAUCUGGACAUCCUAGUGAACCGGUAGAUGUGGUAAUGACAAUGACCACUAGUGAUUUUGUGAAAAUGUUUUCAGGAAAACUAAAGCCAGCAAUGGCAUUCAUGUCAGGGAAGUUGAAGAUUAAAGGUAACAUGGCUCUAGCAAUCAAGUUGGAAAGGUUGAUGACUCAGAUGAACUCCAGACUGUAAUAAGAUUGGAGUUCUUGUUCCAUAUGUAGACCAUUUGGCCUUAAAGAGUAAAAACUCAUUGUUUAAAAUUCGGCUGUUCACCUUGUUUUGCCUAUCAUGAAGAAACAUGUUUGAUUUGUAUGUCAAUAUAACUUAAUAAUUAAAACAGAAAGCAAAAAUGGUUCUGGCUUAGUUAAAUGCAACCAUAGGAUAUUAUUGUUUCUUAUAUAUUCUAACAGAGAAAUACUGAAUCUACCAAACCAACUGGCUAAAUUUUCUUUUCACUAAGUAUAAACCAGAGAAAUUUCUCUUUGUUCAGGAUUGGGUGUUUUGCGGUGCAUAAAAUUGUAUUUGAUCUUUAAGGAUCAGAAGUCAAAAUUGUAUAACUUUAUAGUUUUAUUCUAGAUAGUAUAAGCAACGUAAUUCAUUUGAAAAUUGAGGGGUUUUUAAAACCUUGGAUUAAUGAAAAUUUUUGCUGAUAUUUUGGAUUUUUAAAUAGUUAUAUUUUUAAGGAAAUAUCAUCAGUAAUGUUAACAGCUAAUGAAAUUUAAAAUGUUCUGGGGUUUUUUGUUGGUUAUUAUUGACUUUCUUGUCUGGUGCAAAACAUCUUACAAGAAGACAAUUUAAAUGUAAAUCAACUAAUUGUAAUAUCAGUUCUGCUUAUGUUAUAUGUACAUGCUCUGAAAUAAACUAACUUUCUCACAUAGUCUA